AUGGGGUAUUUUAGUAAAUCGUUCUAUAAGCAGCAACAGGAUCAGAUCCGUGAAGAGCUAGGAGAGGAGUUACUUGAGCUAACUCUUAGAUACUUGCCUCAUCUCCGACCCCAGAAACAGCAAAAUGAUUACUGGGAGCUCAUCGCCAUCAAACUCAACGAGACUUUGGCUCUCAAACGAAUAGGGGAGCGACAUGAUACUGGGCCCAGGCAAAGUUUGGACGAAAUUUCUACCAUCAAUGGGCCUCGAGUGAAGGAAAUAUACGAGUAUGAGAUGAAGCAAUAUGUUCCUAGUUUCCACCCACGGCCUGCCGGGUCCAGCCAGGGAGCAGAUAUAGCGAUCUAUGUUCCCCGAGGGCGCAAAGAGCGUAUUAUCCAUGAGCUCAAAUCGCUCCAGAACCAUGAUGUGGAAAUCAUCACCGAAAUUUCAAAGAACAAGCUUCGAGAGUCUUGGGAACAGCACUUAGAAAAUGACUUUAAAGAUACUCAAACCUCAGAAGAUGAUGAGCAAGAUGAAGAACCCAAGAACAAGGCUGGCUCCCUAUUAGAAAAGGCAAGGGAAUCCCUGAAGGAAAAACUCAUUGAAUCACUCAUUGACCAAAUAGCACUGCGAGACCGAAAGGUCGAUAAGCUCACUAGGGAAGUGAAAAAGUUAUUGGACCUCAACCAUGCUCUCGUUGGUGGAGAGAGAGAAGAAAUAGGGGAAAGGUAG